AUACUGAAUAUUGACUUCUUUAUCCAUAAUAUUGACUACUAAAUACUAAUUGGUAAUUAGUACCCAUUAAAGAAGUAUAGAACCAUGGACGCUGUCGACGCGCUGCUGAGUCAGAGCGUUUUGAAACCGGGUUUCCAAAAAAACUACAAGGUACCAGUGAACGAAAAGAGCUCAAAGAUCAUCAAAAGAAUUAAACAGAAAGAAGAAGCAAAGACUAAAGGCAAAGGUUGGUUUAAUUUGCCAGCAACUAAAUUGACAGACAAUAUUCGACAUGAUCUUGACUUAAUUCGUAUGAGAUCAGCACUAGAUACUAAACGUUUUUAUAAAAAGAAUGAAACUGAAGCAUAUCCCAAAUAUUUCCAAGUUGGUACUGUUGUAGAUUCACCAUUUGAGUGUAAAUCUGGUCGUCUCACUAACAAGGAACGGAAACGUACAAUGGUCGAUGAACUUUUAGCAGAUGCCGAGUUCAAACAAACAACUAAAAAACGUUACAAGAAUAUAUUAAUGGCUAAUCCUAAAAUGGCAUCUAAAAUAAGAAAAGAAAAUAGGAAAAUGAAUAAACUUAAAAAGAAAAGAAAAUAAUUAUUUGUUUUAAAACAUUUCUUUUUGUACAUUUUAAAUAAUAUAAAUUUAAAAUUUGA